GCAAAGAACUCACUCAGUCAAGAUCUGACGCUGGAACCCGGAUCACUUCAAGGACACCCACAAAGAGACCAAACCACGGCAUCGGCCCCCUGGAGGAAGUCCAUCUUCAUCUCAAAAUACAGACGACCCUGGUUGCCAACCCCAAGGACAAGAACUACACAGUCUCACUUUUCCUCAUUGUUAAAAUAAACUUUAUUUAUCUGAUCAUCUUCUGUAUGUGGGAAAAGAAACUAGGACCCAUCAUAACAAAAUGUCACAUUUUCAAAAAGGGUAAAAAUCAAAAUCAUAAGGGAUUCCUUUUUAGGAGGCUAAUAUGCAUUAUUAAAAUCUAUCUUAGAUUAAGCUUUUGAAAUAAACUCCAAUUGUCUGUUUAUAAUUUAAAAAGACAAUACAGACUGCAAUCAUCAAUAUUUAACCACAUGUUAAUAUGUUUGCAUAAUUAAACCCAUAAUGUAUAAUUUUAUGCAUAGCACCAAAAUAAAUGAAGCUGUGGAAGAAAAAAUCAGACUAUUUUACAGUUAUGCAUUUAUAAUACAGAAUUUUAUACUGUGCACUUCUGUAUAUAUGAUUAGAUCAUGUAUAUAUUUGUUCUCCACACAAUCCUGGUUUUAUCCUACAGGACCGCAACAAGCAGCGGGACAUUAAAAAAUGAGUGGAAAACUAGCUGAAGAUUAAAACUAUUUCAAAGAUCACAAAUUACAAUAACUGGAUCAAAAUUCGCCUGACAAUUAGUAAUUUAUUUCUGCCAAUAGGUGGCGCAAUUUCUUUGAUUAAAACCUCCUAACCUGUGAAGUUUAAUAUACUUUAAAUAAAACAAGUUAGAAAUUGGAAAAUGUAAGUUGUUUGAAACCUUUAAACAAUUUAAGGAGAUGCAGUAAGUAGUUAAAUUUUGAAAUGAAGUUCUAAGGAACUAGAGGCUCGAGCUUCACACAGUUUGGAAACAAUGACAACUUAGUUGUUCCUGCAUUUACCGCAACAGAGAGGAAAGCGGAAAGGACUAAAGGUAAUACGGCACAAACUGUUGGGAGGUAAAUGACGCAACCUCUGCGUGGGGCCGGAGGAUAAUGAAAGUGGGACUGAAGAUGUCGCGAUUGUCCCUCCUGUGGGUGGAAAUCCUCACGUGUGUGCGCACACAAAACACUCGGGACAGACGGAGCGGCUUCAGACGCUUCCGACUGAGCUGCUGGAUGUAAGAGCGGACUGGACGCGUGGCGAGUCCGUUUCUCUGCUGUGCGCCGAUUUGACAGAUCAUCAAGUGAAGGCGGUGUGACCGAGACGCACAGAGAUGAACUUUUAUCUGGCGCAGCAUUUUACGCAGUGUUGGAUCAGGCGCUGAUUGAUGACUGGAGAACGUUAGUCUGAGUUUCUGCUGCUCUUCGGCAUGUUUGGGAAUGUCUGAGUGAAUUUCUGCAAGAGUCUGCUGGAGCAGCGGUUCAUGAUUCCCCGGAACUUGCAAACGUGUGAGCUGAAUGUAGCUUUAAUUUAUUUCUGUGUGUAAAUUAAUUAACCCUAUAUCCUUAUUUGAACUAAAGCUUGGAGGCAGAAUGAGCUUAUAUAGUUUGGCGUUGUCAUUGGUUGCGUGCGCUGUGUUCGUGCGCAGCAGCACUCUGAGCGCCACGGAGACUCCGAGCUCAUCCCGGGAGUCGUGCGCCUCCUGCGGCCUCAGGACGCCGGAUCAGUCGGAGCGGGUGAACAUCGACUUCGUGGAGGCGGUGAAGCGGCACAUCCUGAAUCGUCUGCAGAUGCGGGACAGGCCGAACAUCACGCACCCCAUCCCAAAAGCAGCCAUGGUGACAGCGCUGCGGAGGCUGCACGCAGGCAAAGUGCGUGAGGACGGCCGGGUGGAGAUUCCCAACUUUGACGGCCAGGCCGCGUUUAGCAACGACGUCCAGGCAGAAACCUCGGAGAUCAUCAGCUUUGCCGAGUCAGAUGAAGAAACAAACGCUAAAACCCGUCUGCACUUCCUCAUCUCCAACGAGGGCCACCAGAACCUGCAUGUGUCCCAGGCCAACCUAUGGCUGCAUCUCCGUCUGCUGCCUGCUGGACCCGAGAAGGGCCUCCGGAGGAAGGUCACCAUCAAAAUCCACUACCAGGAGGCCGGAGCCGCAGAGGGGAAUGAGGCAACGGGCCGCUGGGUUCUGGUGGAGAAACGUGUGGACCUGAAGCGCAGCGGCUGGCACACGUUUCCCCUCUCGGAGGCGGUGCGGGCUGUGUUUGGGAAGGGCAGCCGGAGACAGGACCUGGAGGUGCACUGCGAGGGCUGCGAGACGGCCGGAGUGGCUCCGGUGCUGGUGGACCCGGGCGACCCGUCCCACCGGCCCUUCCUGGUGGUGCGUGCGCGUCAGAUGGACGGGAAGCACCGCAUUCGGAAGCGGGGCCUGGAAUGCGACGGCACCAGCGGGGGGUUAUGUUGCCGGCAGCAGUUUUACAUCGACUUCCGCCUCAUCGGCUGGAACGACUGGAUCAUUGCUCCGGCUGGUUACUAUGGUAACUACUGUGAGGGAAGCUGCCCCGCCUACAUGGCAGGCGUCCCUGGCUCAGCUUCAUCGUUCCACACAGCAGUCGUUAACCAGUACCGCAUGAGAGGCAUGAGUCCGGGCUCGGUGAACUCCUGCUGCAUCCCCACCAAGCUCAGCACCAUGUCCAUGCUCUACUUUGAUGACGAGUACAACAUCGUGAAGCGCGACGUUCCCAACAUGAUCGUGGAGGAGUGCGGCUGCGCCUGAGUCUGCCCAGCAGAUUCUGUGCAUGCAGGACUUUUCUGUGCAGAACAUCAUCUCCAUGUAUCCAUAUCUACUGAGAGCACAUUCACACAGAGCUGGUCUAAUCCAGAAAACACGACGUAGAUGUUGUGUCCACAUGAGUGUGACGGGACGAAAGAGCGUGUCUUUUUCUGACUUAAUGAAACACCUGCGUUCAGUGAUGGGGUGACAAGCAAAUUAUUUUCACCAAAUCACAUCUUGUUCUAGUUUGCCAUUUCUAGUCAAACCUAAUGGCCCAUUAUCUCCUCUGAAUGAAGUUUUUUAAAGCGCUUAAAGACAAAGACAGGAUCAACCAGUGGAAAUACUGCUGUCAGACUUUCUCCAACCCUCUUAAGUACUUAAAGCACAAAAGAAACUUGUUUGCUUAAAGCACUGUCAGUUCAUCACCUUAUACAAUUCAGAACGCCAGCACUUCUCCACUAUGCAGACAGAUGCAGCCUGACUGUCCUUUCUAGUGGAAUUAGAUAAGCAGCGCUUAAUGCUGGAGGGCCAGUCACAGGUUGGGAUGCCGAGCCGCUGCUCAGCUUUGACGUAACAUCACUUCUGGUGAAGGAACAUCCGGACGAAGAAAACGUCUCAGAGGUGCACUUUGCCCGAUCUUCCUCCCUGGGGCUUGACAGAAGACAGCCUGCAGACUCAAAGACUAGUUUCCGCCAAACAGGUCACCACAGUGCAGUGCAGCACUUGCAGGAACUGAAAUGCACACCCUGAAUAGCACUUGUAUAAAAAUGCCUUCCUGGGUCCGGAGUGUCCUGACAGAUUGCUGAACAAGUGCCACAUGAGCUAUGCAAUGUGUAGAACUCCAUAAAAUCCAUAAUCAAUUUGCUCCAUUAGACUGAACUCUGCAUCUUCUUUCUAUCCUUCACUCAUUUCUUUACUCCUCAACUGUUUAAAAAUACUUGAAAUGUGAUCUUUCGCUUGCUUUCCAAAGCGAAUGAUUGUUGUGAUGUUUGCACUGAGACGUUGCGGAAUUAACGAAACAGAAACUGCCAUUGAAAAGUUAUUUUUAUAUAGUUAAAUUGAAAUAAGUUUCAGAUGUAUUUUACAAAAUAAAUGAAACCAAAGACGCCAA